AUGGUAAGCAGUGAAAGGGUUAAAAAACAAAAUUCAACUAAAACAAACGUUGUACAAGCGAGCUAUAAAGUAGCGAAUUUGAUAAAUAGUGAAACUAUACCUCUAAGUGAGGGAGAUUUUAUAAAAAAAUGUAUUUUAACUGUGGUUGAAGAAAUAAUUCCUGAAAAAUUAGAACUUUUUAAGGAAAUAAGUUUAUCACGAAACACAAUUACCAGACGUGUUGAAAAUAUAGGGAAUAACAUACUUACACAGCUACAGAACAAAGCACGAGAUUUCAAAUAUUUUUCGCUAGCACUGGAUGAGAGUACCGAUAUCACCGAUACUGCCCAGCUGCUAAUAAUUAUUCGUGGCAUUGAUAUUAAUUUUAAUAUAACAGAGGAGUUGGCUUCUUUAAAAAGUAUGCAUAAUCGAACAACAGGGGCUGAUAUAUUUGAAAAAGUAGAUCUUUGUCUUCAAGAUCUUAAGCUUGAUUAG